AUGAUAACGAAGGCAGUAGAAGCUAGUGGAACAGUUACUAUUACAACUGUAAACCAGCAACUAUUUCGAACAAAGAUGGAUUUUAAUGAAUGUUUCAUUCAUCCAAAGUCAUUCUCUUUAGACCCUAACAUUUAUACAGAACUUGUAGAACAUUAUACAAACGAGGCUUUAUGUUUUCCUGUUAAAGUUAUGGAUUGGAUUCCUAUGGACGGUUCAUUCUCAAAGAAUACAGAUAGUUCAAGUGCAACAUUUACAGCAGCUUAUACGCCUAUUAAUGUUAAAAGUAUUUGGGCACUAUUUAGAAAGAAAGACAACUAUUAUGUUAAUUUUGAGAACCCUAAGUUUAAAUAUCUUCAGCUUUCCAUGGGAGCUUAUGGAAAUAUGCCUGCAGAACCUGAAAAAUCAUAUGGACCUGUAUUUUAUGAAAUGGUUGCGAACGCCUGCAAUACAAACAAUGAUAUGAUAGGAUUUAAUGAAGAUGUUAUGAGGUCAUUGGUGGAUGAUG